AUGUCCUAUGCUCUUGCUGGUUACUCAUAUUCUAACUAUGCUACAGAUUUGGAUGCAAGGAGAUAUGUGACUGGGUAUGCAUUCAUGAUUGACAACUCUCUUGUCAGUUGGAAGACAACACUGCAACGCAUAGUGGCUUUAUCUAGUACAGAGGCGUUCAGAAAGGAUGAUAGAGCCACACUUGAUAGGAAGGAGUUGUUUAAAAACACCUUGAGAAAAGCAGCUUAUGCAUGGAAAAGGAUCAACGAGCUCCGUCUUAAUGAACAGGAAGCUUAUAAGCUCAGAUCUUUUGUGGAUCAAGCUGCAUUUACAGAUCUUCAUUGGGGAAUGUUUGUGCCUGCUAUCCAAGGACAAGGCACUGACGAACAGCAGCAGAAGUGGUUGCCUCUAGCUUAUAGGAUGCAAAUAAUUGGUUGCUAUGCCCAAACUGAACUGGGUCAUGGGUCCAAUGUUCAAGGGCUAGAAACAACUGCAACGUUUGAUCCCAAAACAGACGAAUUUGUUAUCCAUAGCCCCACAUUGACUUCCAGCAAAUGGUGGCCUGGUGGAUUGGGUAAAAUAUCCACCCAUGCUGUUGCUUAUGCCCGUCUAAUUAUUGGUGGUGAAGACCAUGGAGUGCAUGGUUUCAUCGUCCAGCUGCGGAGCUUGGAUGAUCACUUGCCUCUUCCAGGCAUAACUAUUGGUGAUAUUGGGAUGAAAUUUGGAAAUGCAGCAUAUAACACCAUGGACAAUGGAGUUCUAAGAUUUGACCAUGUACGAAUUCCAAGGAAUCAAAUGUUAAUGAGGGUUUCACAGGUUACCAGAGAAGGAAAAUAUGUACGCUCAAAUGUUCCAAGACAAUUAGUUUAUGGUACUAUGGUAAAUGUGAGACAGAAAAUCGUAGCUGAUGCAUCAGUUGCUUUGUCUCGAGCAGUUUGCAUUGCUACAAGAUAUAGUGCUGUUAGAAGACAGUUUGGAUCACAUAAUGGAGGUCUAGAAACACAGGUGAUUGAUUACAAAACACAGCAGGCUAGGCUCUUCCCUUUGCUGGCUUCUGCUUAUGCUUUCAGAUUUGUGGGUGGGUGGCUGAAAUGGCUUUAUAUGGAUGUGACGGAAAGAUUGCAAGCUAAUGAUUUUUCAACAUUGCCUGAGGCUCAUGCAUGCACUGCUGGAUUGAAAUCCUUGACUACUACGGCAACUGCUGAUGGAAUUGAAGAAUGCCGUAAACUAUGUGGUGGUCAUGGUUACCUUUGUAGCAGUGGUCUCCCUGAGUUAUUUGCUGUUUAUGUUCCUGCCUGCACGUAUGAAGGAGACAAUAUUGUGCUUCUUUUACAGGUGGCAAGGCAUCUCGUGAAGACUGUUUCUCAGCUGGACUCUGGAAAUAAGCCUGUUGGUACUACAGCUUAUAUGGCUCGAGUGGAACAACUGAUGCAAUAUCACUCUAAUGUUGAAAAGGCUGAGGAUUGGUUGAAGCCUAAUGUAGUGUUAGAAGCAUUUGAAGCUAGGGCUGCUAGGAUGUCAGUUGCUUGUGCUCAAAAUCUUAGCAAGUUUGCUAACCCUGAACAGGGUAAAUGCUUCAAUCUUGUUUAGGUCACAAGCUAUAUGC